CUUUACGCAAACGAGCUGCAGUCUUCUCAAACAGUCAGAAAGCGCGUGAUAAGUUGACCUGGAGCCAGCAGUCUGAGGGGUUGAGGAGCGACCAUCCCUGCCUCCCUCCUCCCCCUAUACAUCAGCAUGACAAAGCACUGGGGGGGUCCGGGCUUGUUGGCACCACCCGUGAUCAUUGUAGGAACAGGAGCCCAACGCGACCAUCACCUUGACUGCAAAACCAGCUUUUCCUCUUCCAACCCCAGCUGUCAUUGCACCACAAACCCACUGCUGGAGUUCGGAGGCCGACUGGAUAAGUCCACAAGGAUGGCGCAGGACUCCAGAGGCAAACCGUCGGAUCGGAGCGCAUGGGUACUGGAGGAUGGAAAGUCCAGUGGAGGAAAGAAGAAGAAUUAUCAGCGUUAUCCCAAACCACCGUACUCUUACCUUGCUAUGAUUGCCAUGGUCAUCCAGAACUCUCCGGAGAAGAAGCUCACUCUAUCAGAGAUUCUGAAGGAGAUCAGCACUCUCUUUCCAUUCUUCAAGGGGAAUUACAAAGGCUGGAGGGACUCGGUCCGACACAACCUGUCCUCCUAUGACUGCUUUGUGAAGGUUCUGAAGGAUCCUGGUAAACCCCAAGGUAAAGGUAACUUUUGGACAGUAGAAGUGAACAGAAUUCCACUGGAGCUGCUGAAGAGACAAAACACGGCAGUGUCCCGUCAGGAUGAAACCAUCUUCGCUCAGGACCUGGCCCCGUACAUCUUUCAAGGUUACGCCCCGUCGAACAAGUCCAAACCUCUGCCCGCUGACCUCUCAUUACCCCCUGUUCCCACCCGUCACAGCCCGCCCCAGUCAGAGGACCCCUAUCGUCCCAAACUGGACUCUACAUUUGCCAUAGAUUCUCUCCUGCAUAGCCUCAGGCCUGCCAGUUCGGCUGGGGAGGGGGUUCGAGAGAGGGAAUGUUGGGGCCCCCCUCCACACACUCGCUCUGCCACUCCACCUCGCCCUUGUAACGCCUCGUACAACUGCAGUUCGUCGGCCAGCUCCGUCAGUCCCGCGUCAGAUUUGUCCGACGAGGACUGGAGAGGGGUGACGCUUGUCGGGAAACGGUCAAGUGACCGAGAAUCCACUUCUGAUGGAUACAGUGACUCCUGCCCCCCGCCAAACAAAAGCUCCAAGCGUGGCAUCACUCCUCCGUGGGAGCUGCCGACCUCCUACGCCAAAUACACCCCCCCAAAUGCAGUAGCCCCUCCUAGCAUGCGCUUUAACGGGAACCCGUUUAUGCCGCUGGGCGGGAUUCCGUUCUACAGUUACAGCGGUGCGCAUGUCACAUCACACUUGAUCGGUCACCCUUAUUGGCCCAUUCUACCAAGUGGGCCGGUUUCCAUUCAAGCGCCUCCGCUCCUUAUGGACUUGGACAGCAUGCUGCAAUCUGUUCCUCCCAAUAAGAGUGUGUUCGAUGCGCUUGGCUCCAAUAAUCAGACUUCUCAUCCCACUCCAAACCAGUAUGCCCUUCAGAACGGACCUUCCCUUUGCAGAUAUUCUCUUUAAACUGUCUAUCUCAUUAUAGUCCUGGAAAAACUUCCCAUCUUUGGCACUGGCCAGGUUUACACAGAUUUGCAAGCAAAAAAUACUCAAUAUCUGUGAAUUGUCUCAGGGAAUUCUUUGAGAAACCCCAAUAUUGACCAAAGAUUCUACCCGACCAAUGUUGACACUGUUCGUCCACUCAUGUGACUUUCUUUGACACAAUUACUACCUCAGACUUUUACUACCUCAGACUUUUAAUGUCAGUGGAGAGAUGCAUUUAGCUGCUCUUGUUUCCUGAAUGGACCGUUAAUUGGCGAUAAUGGAAUACUUCACAAGAUCAAUUGAAUGUUUGCUGCUUGACCUUCCUACGAAUCGACCAGAAAUAUUGUGCUGGAUAUUUGUAGGGAUUAGGGAUGUGUUUGUGUGUGAAUGUGUGCUUUUGAAUCUGUAAGGAACCUGCGAUGUUUACAUAAAGAUUGGCUUUUCUGCCA